UCGAGAAUUUUGUGUCGUAAAAGUGUAGUUUUUUAAAUAAACAACUUUUAUAAAUAAGAAUAAUAUUAAAUUAAUGCUCAUACAUGAAUACUUCAUAAAAUCAUUACAAUAUAACUACAAUAUGAUCCAGAUCUCUUCAUAUCAUUGUUCUUACAUCACAAAUUACUAAGGUAAUGGAUCCAGUUUUGGAUGGGGAAUGGUUAGGAUUCAAAAAUGACUCAAUUGAAGAAACUCCCAGUCUCGGCAAUGUUGCCCGAAGCUGGCAGUGGAGAGAACGAGGCAUCAAUCCAACAAAUUCAUCUUCUAACAAAACAGUACUUGAGAAUGUUGCUGAAGAUAUCCUAGUGCAGAAGCCAUUAAAAAUAAGAUGUUGCGAUUUGCCAGGAUAUCCAAGGUCAACAUUUCUCAUGGUUUUCAGUCCAGAUGGCACCAAAGUAGCAUCCACACACGGAAAUCACAAUGUGUAUGUGUCAGAACUUGCCAGUGGUAAACAUGUAAGGAUUUUAAAAGGACAUCCCCGUACACCAUGGUGUAUUGCAUUUCAUCCCACUCACACGCAACUCAUUGGUUCAGGUUGUCUGGGGGGCCAAGUCAGAGUAUGGGAUAUUUCUAGUGGUGGCAGUGAGGUAUGGAAUGUAUCUAAAGAAACAGUAAUAGCGUCAAUAGCAUUCCACCCACGGGAACAAUUGUUGGUAAUUGCUACAUACAAUGAGCUUUACUUUUGGGAUUGGAGCCAACCUGCACCUUUUACUAAAGUUUCAACUAAUAAUAUAAAUGAAAAAGUCAGAUAUGUGGCAUUUGAUUCCUUGGGUUACAAACUUAUAACGGGAAUAUCGUUACGACCUACAGCUGGAGGGAUUAGUAAUAGUGUUCUUCAACCGAAUCCAAAUGUCAAUCCAACAAACAAUACAAGCAACACAAGAAGGGAGGAAUCAGACACUCCAGAAACCAAUAGAACGCAAGAUAAUUCUCGAUCUGCCCAAGAUAUUAUUGUCAAUUCUUAUCAAAACUUGGUUCAAAGAUAUGACAGCCUAGUGAGGAACUACCAGCGUCUCUUUAUGGUUCGCCACAGGCUGACAGCUACUCCGCCUCCUCCUAGUACGACGGAUCGCGGCACAGAUCCGAUGGAAACCGACCCAUCGCCUGAAGCUAACAGCAACACUCGUGUGGCGCGCUCCUACACAUCCGCACCGCAAUUUGACAAUGAAAAUCCUGCCACGGGGACAUCCAGCCAUAGGCAAGAAACUGACAAUGCAGAAGGCGAAGGGAGUAGUGGUCGCCUGCUAAAUCUUGACGCUUUAUCUUUAAAUAGUGGCCUUCCCAGAGAUCGAAAUUCAACACGUCAGGAUCAUUCCAUAUUUGGUUCAAGACCUUCCGCAUUCCAUCCACUUAAUGACACUUCUGGUAGAUCCUUUCGAACAGUAGAUCAGAACGAACGGGCAUCUAGACUUUUGCCUAACCCAUUUUCCUCGACAAAUGGAACACCAAGACCGACCAGAAUUUCGUUUACAAGCCUGGUCGCCCAACAGAAUUCCGAUAAUGCCGCAAAUUCCUCACGCACUAGUGUUUUUCCAGCUUAUAGGUCGGAUUCCCCUUCGCUCUUAGACUUAUCGCCUCGCAGAUGGGGUGGCGCCAGGCGAAUAUAUAUUUCCAUACCGAACGAAAACUCUUCAAGUACUACAAAUACAUUACCGACCCGAACUUCUCGACAAAGCACACCUCAAACUUCGGUGACUAAUGCAACUCAGACCACUUCUUCUACCACGUCCCAAUCACCGUCGUCUACACCUGCAGACGCUCACACUAUCAAUGAGAGCCUAGAUUUGAUUCGUGAUAUUCUUAGAGAUUCCGGAACGAGACUAUUGAAUUUAAUUACAAAUAUGUCUCUAUCAACUCUCCAACAUGUUAGUUCAGGAGGAGAGAUUCCUCUUCGAUUUAGUGAAACAUCUGCUGGAGUUAGAGCACAAUCUGGUGAUAAUGAUAGUGGUGACCGUCCAAGAGCGUCGUCGCGUCCUGGUGUACGUUUAUUUAAUUCAAAUUUGCGUCCCUGUAUUUUAUCAUCUAGUUCAGAAUCUGAUAGUGAUCAGUCACCCGAAGUCAAUAUUUUUAGAACUCGAAAUUCUACAUUUAGGGAAGAUGACGCGAGAGAUCCUGAUCGAUCCAGUGGUGCUGGGCCAUCAAACUCUUCCGAACAAGAGCCACAUCCUACGGAUAGAUUAGAUUUUGAACUGGGAGAAUUUCGUCUGCAAAAUCCUGACAGCGAAACCGGUGGUAUUAAUGUAUCAGCUAAUAGCAGUAAUUUUCGCGUGCGUACUCAGAGUAAUGCUGCAGGAGAAGGACCUAGCACGUCUAACGCUGAUAACCAAGAUGUUCCCGAAACCUCGGAGCAGAACAAUCCUAGUGACAUCAAUUCUAAUCUGCCAUCGACAAGUGGAGACAAUUUCUGGGGAUCUGGUCGAAUCCCACCGGCAGAAGCCUAUAGAAAAGUUCGUGGUGGCGUAAAUGCCAUGCAAAAGCAUUGUACGCAACUCACCAAUAUGUGGAUUCGUGGUAAUCGUGCAACAAUGCCCGAGCUACGCAAUAUGUGGGAAAAUCUACGUAGGCGAAUUUUAGUUUUACACAGAGAAACUGGUCGUCAAGAUUUGCCCAGUCACUAUACAAGGUCACUUUUGGAUAGAUGUAUGAUGUUAACUGAAGUGGCAGACAACAUUUCUCGAACGCCCAGCAGAAAUUCGAGAACUCAAAGUAGCAAUCAGGGAGAAAGUACAAUAAAUUCUGAAUCAACCAACACUGAAAAUGUUUCAACUGAUGAGCCUGAACAGGGUACAUCUAGGGAAAACCCCAGUAGUAACAGACAACCAUUAGCGAGCAAAUCGCCUCUAACAAAAUCAUCUAGCUUUAACUGGUCACCAUCGCUCAGGAGGCGAUUACAAUCUAGCUAUCGAUGGAGACCAGAAACCGAGAUUAGGCGACGAUCACGUAAUCCUGCUUCGACUCGUUUACCUCAGAGGAAUACAAAUAGACCUAGAAGAGAUUUUGCCAGAGCAAUGGAGAUUAGUGCAACAAGACACGAUAUUCGUAUGCGAGCUAUGCAAGUAUUAUCCAUUAUGUUUAAUAUGAUGAUGAUGUGUUUAGAGGAGCGAGGACUUAGUCAGCUGAUAAUACAGAUGUUACGGUCUUUGAAGAAGGCAUUGGCAAUAACUUGCUUAUUGUUAAUGACAAAUAGAAAUAACGGCCGAGCUAGUAACAAUACAUCGCCUCAGCGUGUUGAUUCGUUGAAUGUUAUUCGUUUAGAAAACGUUGAUCAUACUGGCCCUGUCAACGUAGAUGGACCAGAUGAACCAGCUCAUAACCCGAAUCCUAAUGAGUUAGAAAAAGAUCGUUUACAGAGUAGUGCUAGUAAACGUAUAAAGCGAGAUAACUCUACGAGUGCACAAGCAAUAUCUGAGAACAACUCACAACAAACCUCAGCUCCAUUAGCUUCAACUUCUUCUCAAAGUAAUAUUUCACAACAAUGGAGUAAUCGUCUAGCAAUACAAAUUUCAGCGGCAAAUAGAAAUAAUUCGUCAACAGCCAGAAACAGACGGGAUUUAUAUAUGGAAAGUAGGCGACUAAAAGCGUUACAUAAGACAAAUCCAAUAGCCCACCCGUUGAUUAAAAAAAGAGUUUUCCCUCCUGUAUCCUCUCAUAAGAUUCCUUCCUUACGAUUGCUACCUAAUAGGGCUAACAGACGACCCUUAAGAGCUGCUAGGACAGAAUCACAAAGUGCACAACCUGUCGCUGGCCCCUCUGGUAUUCUAUCCGGUGAUGCUAGACCCUCAAGGCUACCUCCUGAAAUGAUGAACGAGUUUGAGCACAGAAUCAACUUAAUAAGAUUGGCUCAUAUGCAAGCUGUGAGACUACGUAACGCUGCAAGAAGCAGGUUCAGGCGAAUGCAAACAAUUAGACUAUACACGCCUUCGUCUGUUAGAGAGAUGUUUAACUUUCCGCCUACUAACGAAAGGCCUCCCGAGAACCGUUCAACGUUGCAAGACCAAGAUUCACCUAAUCGCCGCUCUUUUAGUUCUUCAUUCGACUACAGGCCGCUUUUACUUACACGAGAACGGAUUUUAUCAAGAGGUGCAACGAGCCGGCCGACAGAAGAAUCGCGACUCGAACAGUAUCAGGCUGCGAUUGAGGACGCAGCGGCUGCGGCCGUUCCCCUAUUACAAGUGGGCGAUCUGAGUAUCAGCAACCCCAGCACGCAAAGAAACCCACCUCAAAGACUGCCAAGAAUUCACGAAUAUCUACAACCAAUAAUUCUCGCCCAAAACGCUAUGGUGAUCGACGAAGAUGGCAACGGCGAUGCUGGUGCUGGUGCUGGGAAUGGGGCUGCUGUGGGUGGAGGAGGGGGGGGUGCGGCCGGAGGAUUGGGAGGUAUGCGUCGCAUGGGCGGCAUGGCAGGACUGCUAGACGCUAGCAUCAUAUCAGAAGCGUUGCCGGCGCCGUCCCACCGCGUGCAAGCAUGGGACUUCACGACGGGCAACACACCAGAUAUUGCCGACAGUUCAAAAAAUGUGGUCGUUCAGCGGUGCAGAAUACACAACGAUGCAAGUAUUGAUAUAUCAAAGGACGGAAGACUAUUAGUUGCUCUGCACCCAGUACCUCGUCUAAGGAAUACUAACCAUUGGUUAGGUGUUUACUCUUUGGAGUGGUCGAGACUUGGCCAGUGCUUACACACGGCAGCACUGGAACAGAGCGCGGUGUCGGUUGCAUUAUCGCCCACUGCACGCCACCUGGCCGUUGGUCUUGGAUCGCGUCGAUUCACUCUUGCGCCUCACGGGAGGAGCAGUGUUUUCGCCCUUCUCUACCGCCUUGACCCGUUAGAAAGCACAAGCCGAACUGGAUUGUCGCCCAUCAAGGAAUUGGAGCAAACUUGGGAGAAUGGCUUCACCAGCCUCAACUGUCUGCGGUGGGCACCACAACCAGGGCAAGGGCUUGUCUACGCAAACAAUACUGGACAACUCAUUAUAAUGAGCUAAGUCAAUUCCUGGAGUGUCGACACGCACAGUCUGAAUUAGAACUGGUGCCGAAGUCUGCUAUUAUAAUUAAAUAAUAAAUAUAAUAAGACCAAUACACACAUUGCCAU